UUCGUUAUCCAUAGUAGCAGCGCCGUGCAUGUCUUCGUCUUCCAGUUGUGUAGUUUUAAAGUUCAGUGGCAUUCAACAAAAAUUCGCAACGUUCCUCAGGAGCAAUUCCUGAAACUAGAAUCGAGCAAAUUUCGCGCUGUGCCGCGAACCUUUCGCGAAAAGGACUUUCGAACUUUCGCUUUUGGGGCGCGGUCGCUUUUUUUCGGCGGCGGUUCUAAAAAUAAGAGGGACCACGGGACCGACGUGGAAGACCGCCGGAUAGUCGGCCGAGGGAUCGCGGGCGUACGGCAUUUACGCACGUGCGUGAAGGGCACGCACCGGCCGGCGACGCGCACACCCGCAUGGCACGCAGACGCGCCAAUCAAUAUCGGGCUAUACCGGGUGUGCACCCCGACCGUCGCGGCCGUCAGUCAGCCAGUACACCAUCAGCCACCACCAACCACACCUUCCCCGGGGUUGCCUCGCUGCCGUCAAUCGCUCCUUUUCGACGGGGGAGAGACGCGACCGUCUGGACCGCUGCUCCGAGCACCGCGAGCUACCUCCGACCUGCCCAGCUUCGCGCCUGUUGCGAGACGUCAGGGGAGAAAUCGAAAAAAGAUAAAAUCCUAGCGGAGAAGAUAACAAUCUAAAGAAAAUGGAAAUAAAAGGGCGAGUUGCCCUAAUAACAGGAGCCGCGUCCGGCAUCGGUAAAGCGUAUGCCGUCGAGCUCUUGAAUCAGGGUGCCAAGGUGGCUAUAUGCGAUAUAAAUACUGAAGAAGGGGAGAAACUGGUGGAAACGCUGGCCGCAAAGUACGGUAAAGAUCGCGUGAUCUUCUCUCAAUGUGACGUGACGGAUUAUCCGCAAUUCGAAGAAUCGUUUCAGACAACGAUCGCGGAAUUCGGUCAUAUCGAUAUCGUUAUCAACAAUGCUGGUAUCAUGAAUGACCGAUUUUGGGAGCUUGAAGUAGACAUUAAUCUCAAUGGAGUAAUACGCGGGACUUUGCUUGCUCAACGAUUUAUGGGCACCGACAGGGGUGGCCAGGGUGGAGUCGUUAUUAAUACUGGCAGCAACACCAGCAUCAACCCUUACGUCAGCGUGCCAAUUUAUUCCGCGACAAAAGCGGCCAUUGUCAGCUUCACCAGAGCUUUUGGGGAUCAAUAUCACGUAGAUUUGACGGGCGUUAAGGUGAUGGCACUUUGUCCGGGUGCCACAGAUACGAAAUUGGUACGUGACGUCAACAGAAAGCUUCUUUUGGCUCGAUACGAGGAUGCCUGGCAAAAGGAUAUGGUUUCGUCAAUUCCUCAAAGGGCGGAACACGUGGCGAAGGCGCUGGUGAACGUGCUGAGCACCGGCAAGAGCGGAAGCGUGUGGAUGGUGGAGAAGGACCAGCCGCCGCACGAGAUCAGCUUUACGAAGCACUUUUGGAGCGUUAUUGGAGCGAAAAUAAUGAAGAUUCAAGGGAAAACCGUGCUCAUCACCGGCGGAGCCAACGGCAUCGGCUAUUGUACCGCUCGAGAAUUACUUCAAAGCGGAGCGAAGGCCAUUGCAAUCGUAGAUUUGCCCGAUUCGAACGGCGAAAGUGCUGUUGCGGAAUUGGAGAAGGAAUUUGGCGCAGGUCAUGCUUUUUUUCUCGUUGGAAACGUGGCGAAUGCCAAGCAACUUGCGGGUUGCUUCAAAAAGGCAAUAGAGUCAUUCGGCACGCUGGACAUUGUUAUCAAUAACGCUGGAGUCAUGAACGACGCGGAAUGGGAGCCGAUGGUUGACAUUAAUUACAAAGGAGUUGUAAGUGGUACGAUAUUGGGCUUGAAUCACAUGGGGAGGCACAAGGGCGGAAAAGGUGGUACCAUCGUCAAUAUGUCUUCCAUAGUCGGCUUGCAGGGCAAUCCGCUCGCACCAAUUUAUGCCGGGACGCAUUUCGCUGUUGUCGGAUUCACCUCGUCGCUAGUGACUUUCUACGACAAAACAGGCGUACGAGUAUUGAUAAUAUGUCCUGGUCUUACUACCACCGGCCUGGCUUCGAAGUUCAUGUCAAGCAAAGUCUACGCAAUGGAUCUCCUCGACGACGAGAUCGCUGCUAACGAGAUGACAACGAUGGAAAGUCAAUCACCUGAGCAUGUGGCAAGCGCUAUCGUGGAAUUAAUCGAAAAAGGAAAGAACGGUGCAGUAUUUGUCAGCGAAAACAAUCAGCCUGCUUACGCCGUGAAAUUACCGUCUUACCCCGAUUUGAAGAUUUCGGUGUAAAGCCUGCACAAUUUAUGCUGAUUAACCAUUUUAUUACACGGACACCGGCAUCUCGAUACGUUCACGGUUUUUAAAAAUGAAUAUAUAAUUCAAGCACAAUUAAAGAAAUAGAUUUUGCGAUUUUGCAACGCUGCAUAAAAUUUUACCGUAUCACAAUUCGACAAGAUUCAUUGUUAAGCUUCAAAUUCAAUGAUUAAACUUUAUCUUUUAUGUACAUACGUAAAUGAAUAAUGUGUAAAUCUAAAUAAUUUCUAAUUGUAAAAGGGCAAGAAACAACAACGUUGCAUUAUUUGUUUCAAUGAACGUAUACAGUGCACUUAUGUUGCAAAAGUCAUGGAACUGUCAAAAAGCCUUGUUUCUCUUUCUGAAAAGUUUAAUAUCGGUAUCAAUUCUUACCGCUUACACUAAAUUAAUCACCGAUAUUUAUUAGUAAAAGUACAUAAUAAUUAAUUAAAUAUUGAAAUGUCUAAUAGUGACAAAGUAUACAGCAUUGCAACAGCUAAUAAUAUAUCGACUUCAUGAGAAUAGAGCAGCGAUAAUAUAAUGACACUUUUUAGAUUUUACUUUUUUCUAACAAACUUAAUGAUGCAUAGAAUGCUAAAAUAAAAUGUUAUGUACAUAUCGUGGCAAUUUUCAUAAUUUAUCAUUAAAAUUAAAAGUUCUAAGCAAGUUUGGAGCUUAUUGUGUCUAAAACUAAAAAUUCGAGGUCAUAAACAUAAAUUGUUAAUUACUUAGAUGUAAAUUAUCAAUUUUAAUCUGUCUACGAGGAUAAUUUAUUAUAACCUAGACAAGAAAAGAUAUAAAGUUGUAAGCUGUGUUUAUCAAUUACUUUACGAGUUGUAAUAAAUAUUUAUGCGAUGACGAUUAUCACAACCAA